AUGGCGCGUAGCUGUGGAGCAACAAUGGCAUCGUGGCAAGAGACUGCACAGAAGAAGAGGGACUAUGUCCGCUCUCAGAUCCCCAAGGAAUGGCUUCUGGAGGAGACUCCGGAGGAUGCCAGUAACGCUUACGAGUACCUGAACAAAGUGUUACCAAAGGAUGAGACUGAAAUCGUCCACAAGUCCCUGUUACAACUGCAGAAGGACAUCAAGGAUAAGAAACUGAGCUCAUACGAGAUCACGAAGGCAUUCUGUCAUAGGGCUGCCUUGGCUCACCAGCUGAUCAACUGCUGUGCAGAGAUCUUCUUCGACAGGGCGCUGGCCCGGGCAAAGGAGCUGGAUGAGUAUUACCAAGCCACUGGUGAGCUGAAAGGCCCAUUGCAUGGACUGCCAAUUUCUCUCAAGGAUCAGAUCAACCUGGAAGGGUUGGACUCGUCAAUCGGUUAUGUCUCUUUGGCAUUCAAGCCAAAGACCAAAGAGGACACUUCAGUCAUUGCAGAGAUCUUGUACGAUGCGGGCGCCGUUUUCUACGUCAAGACCACCGUUCCAAUGGCCAUGAUGGCUGUUGAUACAUACUCAAACUUGUAUGGCCAAACGGUGAACGCGUUCAACAACAAACUCUCAUCUGGCGGCUCGUCCGGUGGUGAAUCUUCACUGAUUGGAUGUCGUGGUGCGCUCAUUGGGCUAUCCACAGAUAUCGGUGGCUCUAUCAGAGUCCCUGCGACUUUCCAAGGCCUGUAUGCCAUUAGAGGUUGCACUGGAAGAUUACCAUACUGUAAAGUGAUGAACUCCUACGCAAAUCAGCCAAUUGUGCCAUCUGUGAUUGGGCCCUCUGCUCAGAACUUGGAGGACUUGGAAUUCUUUGUCAAGUUGAUUAUCGACUCCAAACCUUGGUUGAAAGAUCCAAAAUGUCCACCUAUCGAAUGGAGACAAGUCCAGCUCCCGGAGAGACUGACGGUCGGUAUCAUGAAGAACAACGGGUACAUCACACCACACCCACCUGUGCAGCGUGGAUUACAGCUCAUCGUGGACAAGCUGAAAGCUGCGGGCCAUGAGGUUAUCGAGUGGGAACAUCCUAUCCCGGUUCAAACGUUGAAGGACAACCUGGGAAAGAUCUUUGUCGCUGACGGCUACGGCGAGACAAAGAGGGAAGUUGCUAAGACCGGUGAGCCAAUCAUUCCACAGCUACUGGGGUUCUCUGAUGAUCUGGAGGAGAUUGGCGUGACGGAGCACUGGGAACAAGGCAAGACCAAGUACGAGACACAACAAGCCUACGACAAGGCAUGGCUGUCUAAAACAGGGCCUAGCGGCAGAACAAUGGACUGCUUCAUCUCCGCAGCGUGGGAGACAACCUCCUACCCUGCUGGAAAGUACAAACCAUACCACUGCUCAUACACCUACCCAGCAAACUACCUCGACUACACAAGCGUCAUCAUGCCAGUGACAAGCGUAUCCGAGGAGGACAACGUUGCCGCAGAUUACACCGCUUUGAACGCAGACGAUGAAGAUAACAAGCACCUGUGGGACUAUGACCUGUUCAAGGGCAUGCCUGUAUGUGCACAGAUUCACUGUCUGCGCUAUGAGGAGGAGAAGGCCAUCAAGAUCGCAGGCGUUGUUAGUGAAGCGUUGAAGCAGUAA